GACGUCACAGCGCUCCCGCUGCCAUCGGCGCAGCUCCGCGAAGCUCUCAGCGCGGCGGGACGGACGGACGGACGGACGGAACGGGACCGGACCGGACGGGACGGGACGGGACGCGCUGCGGGAGCUGCAGAACUCCGAGAGCCGCCGACCCGCGGUGCGAAGCCCCCACGGCAGCCGCCCCUCAGCCACGCGACACAACUCGGACCCGGACCGACCGCCGGCCGGAAGUGUGAAGGCGUAAACAUCCGCCCGCCGUGCGACCGCUGCCGCCCUGUGCGCAUGCGCAGCCUCGGGCUGCUCGCGCACGCGCUGUGCGUCGCGUCCGUUUCCACAGCGACGGAGAUGAGCGCCAUGGGCGAACCGGAGGUUGACGCGGCCGUGGCGGAGAAGUUCGAAAUGAAGAGGCGUCUGGGAAAGGGGGCUUACGGCAUCGUAUGGAAAGCAAUUAAUCGCAGGACAGGAGAAAUUGUGGCAGUGAAAAAGAUUUUCGAUGCCUUCAGGAACAGAACAGAUGCUCAGAGAACAUUUCGUGAGAUUAUGUUCCUGCAGGAGUUUGGAGAGCAUCCAAAUAUCAUCAAGCUGCUUGAUGUUAUCCGAGCUCAGAACAACAAGGACAUCUAUCUCGUUUUUGAGUCUAUGGAGACAGAUUUACAUGCUGUGAUUAAGAAGGGGAAUUUACUGAAAGACAUCCACAAGUGUUACAUUCUCUAUCAACUCCUGAGAGCCACUAAAUUCAUCCAUUCAGGAAAUGUUAUUCACAGGGAUCAGAAGCCUUCAAAUAUCUUGCUGGAUGCAGACUGCUUUGUGAAGCUCUGUGAUUUUGGGCUGGCCCGUUCUUUGUGUCAGAUGGAUGAAGAACAAAGCAGCCCUGCCUUAACAGAGUACGUGGCCACACGCUGGUACCGAGCCCCUGAGAUCCUGCUUUCCUCCCGGAGCUACACUAAAGGGGUAGACAUGUGGAGCAUUGGCUGUAUUCUGGGUGAGUUGCUACUUGGAAAACCUCUUUUUCCUGGAACAUCAACCAUCAAUCAAAUAGAGCAGAUCUUGAGGGUCAUUCCUGCCCCAUCCUCAGAAGAUAUUAUGGUUAUGCAGUCAGACUACAGGGCCUCCAUUAUCGACCACAUGAGUUCCCGGCAACGAGUAACGUUGGAGGAGAUUUUACCAUCCUCUACUCCUUUGCCUGCCUUGGAUCUUCUGAAGAAGCUUUUAGUGUUUAACCCUGAUAAACGGCUGACAGCAGAGGAGGCCCUUCAGCAUCCGUAUGUGAAAAGGUUUCACUGCCCUGCCAGGGAGCCCUCUCUGGGUUACGAUGUGAUUCUUCCUUUAGGUGAUGGUACUCAGCUCUCUGUGGCAGAAUACCGAAACAAAUUAUAUGAGAUGAUCCUUGAAAACAAAGUAAACAGCCAGCCAAAGGAGCAAAUGCAGAGAGCAGACACUGAAUCAAGUCAGUCUCAACCCAGACCAUUCUUUCCACAUUGCAAUCCUGUGACUUUAACCACCAGGAAAAGCCACAGAGUGCCAACAGCACCUCUGCUGAAGCAGCCACACACAGAUGCUGGAAGUGCAGCCAAUGUCCAGGUAGAGGUAUUCAACCAGAACGAAGACUUCUCAACAUCUUUAUGUCAGAGAUCAAAGAUCACUGUGAUACACAACCCCAUAACACGCUCUGCUGCUCAAACAGGUAAUGCAAAUUCUGGUGCUGUGAUCAGGAACCAUUCUGCCCCACCUCCUCAGCAGGCAAAAACCGCCAGCAAUGGGAAGCAGAGGAGACAAAUUUCGUGGGCAAAUGCAAAUACUCAGCUGCUUCCUACAAGCGUACAGAACCUUUACAGUAAUCCACGAAAUACUCAAUUUCACAGCAAAGAUGUUCACCCCCUUCUGAAAUCCAGUAAGAAGAUGUUCCAUAUUACUGCCAAUGUGGGAGCUGCUGGCGAUCCGAAGGCAUCAAUGGGCAGUUACUCUCAGGCCUAUGGAACUAUAUGCAAAUCUGCACUGCAGAGCCUUCCCAUAUCAAAUUCCUCCCAGCAACACAAGGAGCCAAUAUGGAAGAGUUCAAACCAGGUCUCAUCAGCCCCCUAAUUAAGCUGGGAACAGCAAACAGGAGCUCAGUAUAAAAGGCACUGGAAGUUGUCCCAGCUGAGCAGAAAUUCACUGCUUGGAACAACGUACUAUUUUCCUCGGGACAACCAGCAGGGAACAGAAAUGAAUCCUUUUGCCUUCCAGUCUUCCCAGCUAUUUGCUCUCACACCAUGAGAGCUCUGUCCAUAUUCCUUAUUUUCAUUGCUGCAAAUGAUGUUGCAGUGUUCCCAUACUUGGCUGUCUUCAGACAUAUUCACAUUUCAUCAGUAGGGCCAGAGGUACUGCCUCAAUCCAGGCCUUUUUAGAACAGAACAAUGGACUGUCUGCUUCCUGAAGAUGAAGAAGGCUGAAUUCUUCACAGAUAAUCUUAAGGCCCUUCAUUUUAUAUCACACUAAUUUAUAUAUGGCUCUUUCAGGUCAAGCGAAUGAGCCUGAAUAAACAGAACCAGUGAUGGUUACUUUCAACACAAUCAAGUAGAAAAGCAUUUUAAGUAUGGGUGGGCUCUGCUAGAAUGCUUAAUGCUCUACCUGCCACGUAUUAAUAACGUAAACACUGCAAUAAUAAAUCUUCUGUGCUGCACGACAGAAGAAGUGCAUACUUAAUGGCUGUUUGCAGUCUGCUGAAGGGAGAAAUAUACAAGGGAUGUCCUAUUCAAUGUGUAAGAUGAUGGCAACUUCUUUCAGAAGGCAAGAGAUGCUAUUGGUGCAGCAUCAUGAAGCUGUCACCAGGCAGCAGUGGGACUACAGGGUCAUAUCCCAUCAUUCUCAUUGGUCCUUUACAUAUAGUCCAUUUUGAAACUUUUUCCUGGUCAAGUGCUGAUUCUUUACUCAUUCUUCUUCUUUAAUUUCUUUAGGUCUCUGUCCCCGAAAUUGUACUUCACUUGUGGUAAGUUAGCAUUAUUAGCUUUGGAACUAUGGUUAAAGAGGGAAUUCAGGCAUUAAACUGCAAAAUGUGAGUGCUGCUGCCAUUGAUAACUUGUCCAUUUUAUUUUUUAGUACCUGAACACCAAAGCCUAUGGUUAAACUAAAAAGAAAAUAGCACAUUUACUUUUGGUAGCCAGUCUGGUCACCUAAGUCUGGCAGGGGGUUAGAAAUGCAGCUCACAGGGAAAUCCUGUUUUAUCCUGGUAUAUUCAUAAAAUAGGCAUUUCCUGCCUAUCUCUGGAACAGCCGCUGUAGUAAGGGCAGUGAGAGAUCUGUAGGGAGCAUCCUACACAGUGUGCUGACACUUAUACUCUAAGCUGCAGUUCUCAUUCACUGCAGCAGGAGGCUGGUGCUUAUUUUAGGGUUGUGAGUCCACUGAAAGGGCAGCACCAACGUCCCGUAGGUCUUUUCCAGCCUUGGUGAUUCUAUGACUCUGUGAUCUAAUGCUCUCUGUGAACAAGGCUCAGGCUGAGAAGUGAUGGACUACAGCACCAACUCUGUAACAGUCUUAGAAUGGCUUUUGUCAUUACCAACUGAAUUAUUCAGCUCUAUGGAGAAAGACUUAGGAGUCCUGAUGGAUGAAAGCAGGACAUAGAAUGGCCUGGGUUGCAAAGGACCACAACACUCAUCCAGUUCCAACCCCCUGCUGUGUACAGGGUUGCCAACCAGCAGACCAGGCUGCCCAGAGCCACAGCCAGCCUGGCCUUCAAUGCCUGCAGGGAUGGGGCAUCCACAGCCUCCUUGGGCAACCUGUUCAGUGCGUCACCACCCUCUGGGGGAAAAACUUCCUCAUAAUAUCCAACCUAAACCUUCCCUGAUGAGCUGGCAGUGGGCACUUGUGGCCCAGAAGGCCAACUGCAUCCUGGGCUGCAUCAGCAGAAGGGUGGCAGUGGGGCAGGGAGGGGAUUGUCCCCCUCUGCUCUGCCUGUGUGAGGCCCCAUCUGGAGUGUUGCAUGCUGGCCUGGGGCCCCCAGCACAGGAAAAUGUGAGGCUGUGGGAGCACGGCCAGAGCAGCAUCUCUGCUAUGGAGAAAGCCUGAGGGAGCUGAAGGUCUGCAGCCCGGAGGAGAGAGGGCUCAGGGAAGACCUCACUGCAGCCUUCCAGUGCCUGAAGGGAGCUGAUGAACAGGAGGAGGACUGAUGUUUUACAUGUCCUGCAGGACAGGAGGAGAUUUAGAUUAGAUAUUAGGAGGAAAGUCAUUGCUCAGAGGUGGUGAGGCCCUGGCACUGCUGCCCAGGUAAGUGUGGGUGCCCCAUCCAUCCUUCAAGGUGCCCAAGGCCGUGGAUGGGGUCCUGAGCAGCCUGAGCUGCUGGGGGGCACCCAGCCCAUGGCAGGGGGUUGGAACUGACUGAUCUGUAAGUUUCCUUCUAACCUAAGCCAUUCUGUGACUAUGAUUCAUUCAGCAGUAUUUGCUUACAGCCCACAGCAGCUGCUAACCAACUCGGCACCAUAAGAGAUGAGCCCUUCUAGUUGUAGUCAGGAACACAUUUGUGCACUGAGCACAGCGUGCUGAGCAGGAUAAAAUCCCACCAACCCAAACAACUAUGGCAAAAUUCCAAAGUGCUGGAAAUAAUGCCAUUCCCAGCAUCUUACAGAACGACUGGAGCAGGUUUGUGAAAGGCUGGGAGGAAAGGAACUAUCUGAAUUACACAAACAGGGCUAGUGUAUAUCACAUAUAGUAUAUGUGUAUACAUACAUACACAAUAGGAUAUAAAACCGUGUAGAGAAUAGAGCAGCACCAAGCUCUGUCUGUACCAUCUGACAGAAGAGGUGUCUUCAGCACUGCAGUUCAUUGUGGGACUUCUCAGCCCGUGGAUCUGAUUCAGCCCUACAAUGAUGUAUGUGUACAGCACUGAUUUAUACAUCUGUACCUAUGUAGCCAAUUACAGCUUGUUUCUGAAAUAGAAUACAUUUGUAUAACACGGAAUAUUAAUAAGAAAGCCACUUCAGCCUUUUCUUUUUCCCAAUUUUGACUGUUUCUUCCCUAUUUAGCGAGAACCAUUGGUGAAGGGCGAAUGGUUGGACUGGAUGAUCCUGUGGGUCUUUUCCAACCUUAGCGAUUCUAUGAUUCUAUGAUUCUAUUUUUCCCCUGAAAUUUACUUCUAGGUUGAAUUUCUUAUAAUAAAAUGAUAAACAACCUUGA